CAUCAGACGGACGAACUCAAGAAAAGUCUAUUCGAAAUGAACAUAAAAUCCAAGACAUUAAAGAACCCAGUCAGGGCAGACGACCUUAAUACAUACCACAGCGGAGACCUCGGUUUAUACGUCCUUCGAACCCUCAAGGCGUUUCUCAACUCAGCUGCUUCACCGGAUUCGGCAGAUAAUAUACCCUACCGCAGAAAGGGAACUUCUUUAAAAGAAAAUGUGCCGUGCAAGGCAAACGACGGACCCUCUCCCGCUACCGUAGCAACGCAGUACCUACUCCACGACCAAAGCCGAGUAAUCCAAGACUUCGAGGACGCCGCAUCGCCAAGCAACAUCGACAGCUCGGAGAUGCGCCAACUAUCCGCCUUGACCAAGCGAGAAGAAUUCCAAACCUGGCUACGAGAAGACAGCAGCAAAGCGACGAAGCUCCUCAUCCACGGCGGCCUCGACGACGAUAGCAGCACCCUCUCCGCCCUCUCCUACCUCUGCGCGCGCAUCCCCAUGGAAUACCUCCGGAAAGCCCGCACGGGAAUCAUAUGCCUGCACUACUUCUGCAGCCUGCAGCGAGCGCGUCGGGACCACCCCGCCGGCGCAUUCGACAUCGCGCGCAGCCUCUGCGGCCAACUGCUUACCCACGCCGAGCUGGCAUCCGCUUUCGACCUAAGUUUCCUCGACGAGAAAUGGCUGCGCGGGAUCCGCGAGGAGCAGAGCUUCGUCAAAACAUGCCAGUUAUUCCUGCGUCUGCUGAAGCAGCUCGACGGGAGGAAGAAGGCGAUGAUGGUAUUCUGCUUCAUAGACUCCAUCUCGCUCUACGAGACGGGCAAGCUGCGGCACGAUACCGAGAGGCUCUUCUCGUCGCUCGAGGAGUAUUCCAAGUCCCAAAGACGCCGGCAGAGAGGGAAGAGGCCCAAGUUGAUAUUUAAGCUGCUUGUGACGGAUGCUAUGGCGACUGGUUACGUGCGCAAGUAUUUCAGGAGAAAGGGGGAGAUGAUAGAUAUGGAUGAAGGUGAUGAGCGUGACGAUGACGUAGAUUUAGACGUACUUUACGGUUAACUUUUAUCCUACCCAGAUGUCUUUACCUCGGCAAGUGGUGAUAAUAGAACCUUUGUUUUCCCUCUUGAAGUAUCGAAGCUCUAAUACCUAGAAAAGACGACUACCUAUAUAUCGUCGUAUACA